UAAGAGACGAGAUAGACAAGACCAAAGAGGGCCAUGUCAAUGUGUUAAAAAAAAGUCAUCAACGGCCACGGCCAGCACGCUGGUGGCUUUUCUUGUAGCGAGACUGGUUCUUCGCAAGAAUCCCAAACGACUAGAAAGUGCUUCAAAACGCGUUGUCGUGCACCAGAACGCGUCUCGAUCUAGAUAGUAUAGAAAGUGGAUGUGCUUGGUAUUUUGCUCUGCUAGUUCCUUGCAGAAGUCAACUCUGUUGAGCCUGGGUGAUGGCAUGCGCGUCGAAGCAGGGUUCUUUUCAUAAUUAAGUGAGAAUCAUGCGUUAAGUCUGAAGAAGAAGAUAGCUCUUGGUUGUUGGGAAAAAAUGUCGUCCCUUCUCGCGUGGCCACUAGAGGGGUACUCUUCGCGGGCACCACCUGCUCACGAAAUAAGUUCCGAACCAGCAGCACUAGCUGCGCCACGAAGGCGAGGCAGGCCGAAGUUUCGUGUCGGUCUUUCAAUCGGAGCGGACCCGACCUCUCUCGACUCGGCGAGCGAACAUCGGUUACGCCAAGAGUUCAGUAAUAUCACGAAGGCUACUCCUCACAUCACCAAGACAAGUGCAGGUGAUCCCACUGAUGUCGGACGCGGCCAAGACCAAGCAAAAUAUCAAAAUAUCAUUGACGCGGCGGAAGCAGGUGGUUCAACAACGUCUGCACGGCAUGUAGCAACGUCUUCAUCGAAAGACUUUGUAGUUGUACAUGAUAAUACUUCUAGGAUCAUCAGCAGGAGUGGUCAAGAACAAAUAGGCGUACAACUAGGUUCUCCGAACACCAACACCACCACAGGAGCUAACAAAAAUACAUCAUCAGAGGCACUGAAAACUUCUCCCACCCUCUCCGUUUCCUCUUCAGCAAGAAGAAAGAUGUCAUUGAAGCGUGCACUGAUAAAGUCAUGGGCAGAACGCGAGGGAGCUUCGCCACGCACUGAUCCUGCUUCUACUACCGAGACGUCGAUUGCGGAGGAUCUAGAUGAACAGCUAGGCGUUGAAGAUCAUGGUGAAGAUCCUCUACUUCGAUCGAGUGCGGGAGGCCCGGUGUCAUUUUCGAGAAGUGGAUCACGGCAGGCAAGAGGUGGUGCGCACGGUGAUUUGAUGAAAAGGCGUGGGCUGCUAGCAACUAGUGCGUCGCAUCGUGGGAGAAUAGGAGUUGGAGGAAAGAGAAAACUUCAUAGACAGCAUUUAUCUCCCACGACAAUAGCGAGUAGUGACCAGCACUCAGAGGUGGAUUAUGGGCAUGCUCGUUUUCCUGAAUCGAAGAUGAAUAACAGCACACCUUUCAACAUGACGCCUGCGAGUUCACCCGAAAUCGCAGGAUCGAACGAGGGGAAAAGUCGCCCACGGUCAUCAAAAGAAACCACGAAAGCGAAACGUAGAACAAGAUCAAAGACAAAAGGACGACAGAAGCACCCAGACGACGCUGGGCAGGGAAAUGAGGGAGACCUUCAUCUAGAUCGUUUUCGUUCCUCUCAAGAACAGGAAGUAGAUGAUGAGUCUUCACCAAGAGCAGGAGGAGCUUCGUCGUCCGAGCCUUCUACUGCGAGGAAGUUGACAGUCGCUCAGCGCCUCCGACGCGCUGAGGAGCAGCGACUGUCAUCCGAGAGGCGUGCGAAGGAUCUCGAGGCCGAAGUGCGUCGGCGCGAGGCUGACAUCGAGCAUGAGCGCAAACGGCGCCUUGCGCAGGAGGCGGAAAAAACCGAAGCUGAGGAAAAAUACCAGUCCGCGCUUCGUGCGCUGGAGAAGCGCUUGUAUGAGGAGCACCGCGAGACGCUGACCCGGCGCGAGCGCGAGCUGCUGGCGGAGCACGCCACCGCGGUCGCGACCUUGGAGGGAGCGCUCACGACCGAAAAGCAUCACAAAGACGAAGCACGGAAGGAGAAGGAGAGAAUAUUUGACGACUGGCAAGCGGCUUUGGCUGAGGCACAAGCCAGCUCCGGGAAAUAUUUCGUUAAGGCUAGUUUAUCACUAUGGAGUCCCCCUUGAUUUAAAGAAGAAAAUAAGGGGGACGAAAAGGACAUACCACUCAACCAGGGAUAGCGAAAAUCUUCUAGCGUUAAUUUUGCGGCCUUGGAGGAGUUUGAGGACGAAAAAAAACGGCUGGAGCAACAGCGGGAGGCAGAUCUGGCGAAAUUCGAGGAAACGUUGCGGACACAGGUCGACGCAGCAGUGCCCCAGAUCUUGUUUCAAAAUCCCAUGAUUUCGGCUGCGUUUCAGCCAAUGUCCCACUCGAUGAACUACAACAUGAAAACCGGCACCAAUAAACUCCUUUCAGCCGACGCAGCAGCUGGCGGUGGUCUUGGUGGCGGAAACACAACGCUUCUAUUACCUCCUGUGACUGAGGAGCAGCAGGUACUAGACGUAGAUACAACGCAAUUGAACUUGAACAAUGUUUCAACGGCAGCUGUAACGGAACUGAAUAUGCCGCUGACGCGUCAACUCGCCUCCGGAGACGCCAAAAGCUUUUUCGAGAGGCCACCAUCUGCAGAUGGGAUGAUCCUCACGGAAAUGGCAAAGUGGACACCAGCCGAGACGGAAAUGUACUACCGUUAAGGCUUCUUGAGAAAAUCAAAAUCUAUCUUGUUUUUUGAAACAUCUUUAUCUUAAUCUUUGUUCUUGGCCCCAUUUAUUCUGUUUUUGAAGGCAAGAAGGGCACCACGAUGCAGGAGACGGGGAUGGAUUUAUAAGCAAGGUCUAAUACCGUCGUAAAUUCGAGUCGCGCAGUCAAGAAUUUGAGGCUAUCGGCAGAGCUCCACCUCCUGUAGCUGCGACUCAACCAACAGCCAGGGUCGUGGUAGAUGCAAGCGCUGAUCUUCGAGGUUCGAGUUCUUCGGAGUCGGGCGAGCCAGAGGCUGCGGUCCAGCACAAGAUGGUCAAUAUCGGCUUUUCUUCUUCCUCAUCAGAAGCAGCGCACUCAGGCACGGAAGCGACACUGCUUCGAGGAACACAGGGAGCAGAAGCAGCGCACUCAGGCACGGAAGCGGAACUGCUUCGAGGAACCAAAGGAAUACGGCGAGACGAUGAGGCAGUCGCCGACGCGUUAGCGGCGACGGCAUUGAACGAUGCAGAGCCGCACAAUUUCUAUGCGGAAGCAACUGCAAAUAUGAGAUCAAAUACAAAUUCUACGUCGGCAGUACCGGGUCAAAUAUGCGGUACAACUACAACAGCGCUAGGAGGUGCAGGCCUUGCGGCAUCAGCGAAGCUAGGUCAGUCGCUGCGCUUCAGUCUUGAUCCCGAGACGGGAUGCUUAGUCGCGCUCGGUCGUGGUGUGGAGAAAUUGCGGAGGCCACUGUUCUACCAAAACAGCGAAGACAUUCGCAAAAUGGGUCAGCGAUACCAAGAAACGCAUGCCUUCGAAGAGGUGCAGGUGCAAGAACAUAUCUUAAAGAGGGAGAAAAAUACUGAGACUGCUGCUUCGGGGUCUCAACUACACAUGAGGACUUCGCCAAGACGGUGCAACGGAUCGCGUACCACAGAUGCGUCUGGACUCGGAGUUCACCAGCGCGAUACCGCGAUUGCCGAAGCACGGGGACUAGUAAGUCCAUCCAGUGCAGCAGCUGCUGAUGGUGCACCGGCCCGACGCUCUCAAAUGCGGUCUGCAGAUCCCACUGGUGAUCUGUGGGAUGAGGUGGCUUGCGAUUUUUUGGACGGUGAGCUGAAAGCCAAACUUGCGACUGCAAGCAAGUCGAGUUCUACAACAUCGGAAUGUGCCGUCCAAACGAUGCCAAGUAGCACUGCAGGAGUCCAGACCUCACCGCUGAGACGAACGUCUGAUGCGCGAGGAGGCUCUUUCUAUGAAGGAGCGGAUUCUCUUGAUAAAGUAGGCACAUCAACUACAGCAGGAGUUCGAUUUGCGAGUUCAGUAGCUGCUCCGUCAACAUUCGAGGAUGAUCCGGCAGAGCGAAGACACCCGGUUCCAAGUCUCGCGCGACUGUUGGCAGUGGAUGACGAUGAUAGCAGCACUACGAGUCUACUGAUCAGUAGUGCAGAUGCAGGCCACUCAUCUCCUGACGACCUCGGACGCAAAGCGGCAAGGGCGCAUCGCCGAAAGAUGAAGCGAGCGGCAGGAGGAACAGGUGGCAAGAAAGCUACAACUGGUAAGACCUCAACAUCGCUUAGUAGAAGAAAUUCGAUAGAAUCACGUACGAGACUGGCUGGGUCAAGUGCGUCCUCGUACACGCGGAGUCGGUCUGCGAGUCAGAAUCGAAAUGCGGCAAUAGGCAGCUCCGCUUCUAGAAGCGCUAACACCUACAAGGGAGGUGCAUCCACUUCAUUGCGCAGCUCCCUAGCGUCCAGACCCGGCAGCGCGGCGACUGGUAGCAACAGUGUGUCGUCAUGGCGAGCGACACAGUCAUUAGAUAUCGAUAGAUUAAGAAAGAACAAAUCCACUUCUUUGGACAGACGAGGUGGAACUCCGGGUUCAGCGACUCGGACGAGGGGCGGCAAAUCGAGCGGCGAGGCCUCAUCGAGUUCGCCUACAGUUGUUUCUGGCUUGAACAAGAUACAAAAUCGAAGUUCGGCUGCGCGCGCUUCCGCAGCAUCAAGCGGAAGGGGAGCGAAAAGUGGAGCAUCGCCUCUGCUGUCUCAGCAGGAUUCAACGUACUUCUUGCGCAAAUUCAACCUGAACGAGCACGAGGAUGACGACUCAGGCUCGCCUCUGUUUGCAGCGUCCACUUUGGGAAGAAGAGCAGGUGGUUUUGGUGCGUCUGCAUCACGUACUUCGAAGAGUCUAGGAGACAACAGUCUCAGUCGCGACAAGAAAAUGAAUCCUUUUGGGUCUUCCUCCGUAGACAGGGACAAGACAAACAAUCGAAAUAGUGGUGGCGCUACUGCUUUUACUAGUCAAACUAGAGCAGGAGCAAAUCUUCCACCAAAUUCAAAUUCUUUUACUACUAGGGGAAUGUCAGCAUCUCCGAAGUCACCGUUGCGCGUGCGUCACGACAAGUCUCUCUUUUCUGGCGCCAAAGACAGCGGCGACAAACUUUCGUCCUCACAGAAAGACCUGUACGAAGCCCUAUUCGAAAGCAGGAGAAGUAUGAAUAGCAGGAACAAGCAAGAUAAUCUUCAAAACAACUCUGGAGCUAAAGGUGGCGCCACAUCUUCAGCGUCCUCAUCUUUAUAUACAAGUGGAGGUCCUCGCCCUGCCUCGUCUAGUAGUCGCAAAAGCUAUGACAAGGAGAAAGACCUCCACAAAGCAUUAAAUGUUCCUGGUAGAAGUAGUACUGCCGAGGUGGAGGAGGUGGUAACGAAACUGAGUUUAAACCAAAAGCGUAUCAAUCAGCUGAAAGAAGAGCUGAAAAAAGACAUCGAGGACGCGGAACAGCGCUUUUCUUCUCAAAAUCACGUACUUUCAGGCGGUGUCGGACGAGGGAAAGACUCUACUAGUACUACUGGUGACUCAGGCUCCACAACGAAUAAAGCUACUACUACAACUGGUGGCUCAGGCUCCACGGCGAAUAAAGUACUAGAUGACAAAAAAGUAGAUGACAAAACUUCAGCUGAUGCAGAAGCGGCAUCUCCAGAGAAGAUUUCAAGUCUCAUGCGGGAAAUCGACGAAGAGCUUGCGCAGUUACGAGGAACGACACGUAGGAGUCCUAACGCCGACAAGAAUGCAACCGCAUCUUCUAGUACUAGUGCCGACCAUUUUACUUCUGCGCAAGCGCAUGGAGGAUCACGAGGAGGUGAUAAAAACUUGUCCACUGCGAACAGGAGAAGUACGGAAACAGUGCGCAAUAGUUACAGUUCGGGUGCAGGCAGCGACGACAACAUGGAUUGGAAUAUCAACCUGGAUGAUGUGGGUCUGGGAGUCUUUAAGGGGUCCCACAUUGCAUUCUGCAAUUGCAUCCUUGCAUUUUUCUAACAACAAAAUAUAAAUAUGUGCUGAGGAAUGCAGUGUCGGAAACUCUAAAGUCUCUGCAGCCGCAGUCGAUCUCGAAGCCCUACGUUUCAAGGUAAAGGCAGAACAGCAACGCAUGAACGAGGAACAUCAACAAGAGUCUUCAGCUACGUCAUGGGACGUCUUUCCACCUCCUACAACAGCCGCUGCUGGACUCUCCUUCGCUGACAGAAACUGUAAUUCGCCAUCGUUUACGGUCCACUCGACGUCGCAGGGAAAUAACAGUGCGCAUUUGAAUGUGGACACGGCUGUCCGCAAAAAGCUGCGAGACAUCCAAAAUUAAGGCUUAUAUAUAGCGUAAUUCAACAUCUUCUUGAGUAUGAGAUGCGUCUUUCAUUCUAUUUUUGUAACUUGAAAUCACCAAAACAAACCUCUAUUUUUCACUGAUUAAUUUUAUGAGAUGCUUAAGCUUUUGCUUCGGGAUCUCCAAAGUCUAACAAAAGCAGGAAAAGAAUGCACGGUCCACGUCGGGGUCUAGCAAUUCGGUUGCAGGGCAAUCCAAAAACAAAGAGAGCACAGACGAAGAGAGUUUCGACUUCUCGACCUUCAUGCGAGGAGCUAACAGCAGAGACGAACAAGCAAGUGGUGUUGCCGACUCUGCACAACGCGCGAACAAAAUAGCAGCACUCGAAAAGGAGUUGGAGGACAUGUUUAACAAAUAAGAGACGUUUUUACUAGUAGCUAAAGCUAAUAUUGAAAUGACAGGAGACCAGGAAUCUUCUUCUUCAACAACAAUCAUCUUAAACUACAGAUAUGAAAAGUCAUAUUAAUAAAAAAGUGACUAUCUGGAUCUGCUACAAACUACAGUAAUUUUUUUCAAGACCUGGGAAUCACCAAUCAUGAAGACGAUGAAUCCAUUCGAUAGAUUGUAAGAUAACUGGUGUCCAACAAGUACGUUCUGUUUAUUUUUCGUUGACAAUGAUGCUACUCCUUCAGUGGAAUCACAAGCGUUCUCAAUAGAAUACGACUGAUUUUAUAGAGAUGACAAUGAUGCUACUUCCUUCGUGGAGGAAUCGCAUACUUGAUGGACUUUAAUACUUGAAAUAUUAGUACUUGAUAGAGCCAGUAUGUGUCGUGGACCGAAGUUGUAGGUGAGUGCGAUGCACUAGAAGAUGAUGCAGCAUUCAACGUGGAUGUUGAUGGAUUCGCAAGAAUUGCAUGAGCAGAAAUACUAGCUGGUUUUAUCCAACUUCUGCAUCUGCUGCAACUGGGGAUGAUACAGCCAGGUGAAUGACGGGCGUAGGGCAUCUGCAAGGGCG